AUGGCUUCGAACAACGACUCAGCGUCUGUUGACCGCAAGGACAACAUCGACACAGUCGAAACCCUCCCUGCUGACAAGAAUGCAUACAGUGAAAAGGCUGCCACCGGUGGGGACAAAGCAGCCGGUUUCCUUGCCUCGCAGGAACGAAUCACUGUCUCCCCAGAAGACAAUGACCGAAUUCUCAAGAAGAUUGAUCUUACCAUCCUGCCUAUAAUGCUCGUUGUAUAUUUUCUCCAGCAGCUUGACAAGUCCUCGCUCUCCUAUGCAAGUGUCUUCGGAAUCAUACAGGAUGCCAACCUCAAAGGACAGGAAUACUCCUGGCUUGGUUCCAUCGUCUACAUUGCACAGCUCGUCAUGCAACCAAUCAUUGCAUACUUCCUCGUGAAACUGCCCACUGGAAAGUUUGCUGCGUUGAUGGUCGUUUGCUGGGGUAUCAUCUUAAGUUGCAUGACUGCAACAAACAAUUUCAAAGGCCUUCUUGCAACCCGCUUUUUCUUGGGCGCGUUUGAAGCUUCAGUUGCACCAACAUUUGUUGCAAUCACCCAAAUGUGGUGGCGUCGUAGUGAGCAAACGAACAGGAACGCUUCUUGGUAUGCCAUGAACGGUGCGACCAACAUUCUUGGUAGUCUCUUGGCAUAUGGUCUAGGACAUAUCUCAUCUGGUUCUCUCCGCUCAUACCAGAUCAUCUUCCUAUUCUGUGGUCUGGCCACUGUUGUCUUCUCCAUAGUGGUGUUUCUUUACCUUCCGGAUUCUCCUAUGGAGGCCAAGUUUCUCAACGAUCACGACAAAGUUAUCGCUGUAGAGAGACUUCGAGACAAUCAAAUGGGAGUUGUAUCAACAGAAUGGAAAUGGGAACAUGUUUUUGAAUGUCUUCUUGACAUAAAGACCUGGUGCUGGUUCUGUCUUAUCACCUCCAUCUCAAUUCCAAGUGGUGGUAUUACAACUUUUGGCCCUCUCAUCAUCACUUCCUUUGGAUUUGAUAAAUACCAGACCAUGCUUCUAAAUAUGCCAUUUGGUGCGGUACAAAUUAUUGCUACCAUGGGUGGCGCUGCAUUUGCUACAUGGACGAAGAAGAAGGGACCGGCGCUUGCACUUCUAUGCAUUCCACCAAUCGUUGGAACGGUGAUGUUGCUUUGCUUGGAGCAUACUAUUGCCAACCGAGGUCCACUUCUUGUUGGAUAUUACUUAAUCUCGGUCUAUCCUGGAAUUUCUCCUCUCAUCUACUCUUGGUCAUCUCAGAACACUGCAGGAGAAACUAAGAAGAAGUGCACAACUGCCAUACUAUUCAUUGGUCAGAGUGCUGGAAAUAUUAUUGGACCGCUUCUCUACAAUGUUGCAGACAAACCUCGCUAUAAGCGCGGUCUCACAUCAAGUUUAUCACUAUUUAUUGUUCUCAUAGUCCUCAUCGUCCUCACAACACUUUACCUCAUGGUCCUUAACAAACAGCAUUCCAAGCGCAGAGUUGCAGUUGGAAAAUCUGCUCUCCUUGUUGAUCGAUCUAUGAUGAAUGUUAAAGAGCGAGCGGCGGAUCUUGCUACCCAUGGAGGCGAAGAGGGUGAGGAAGGAAACAGGGUUGGAGAUCAGGCAUUUGAUGAUAUGACGGAUUUAAAGAACGAGGAUUUCAUCUUUAUUUACUAA